CUGCAAAGGGAACUUGACACCUGUCGACAGGAGCUGAAGGCCUUUCGCAAGGAGCUGGAUGAGCUCUCGGAACACAUGGCAGAGAUAAGCACCGAGAUGUUUGAUGCUAAAAGCAAGGUCAAUUCGUAUGCAAGGCGUCUUGGAGAGGUGGAGCAAGAACUGGCCUCGACCCAGGAACUCAAUGUGAACCUACAGAUUCAGCUCGAUAAUGCGCUGCAGAAGCAGAAACAGACCCACUCUAAUACAACGCAGGCUGUCAAGAUGAUCCAGUCGGACCUUGGGAAGGUGUUCUCAGACAGCGAUACGAUGCGGAUGACAUUAGAGGAGCUUGAGACACGGCAAAUGAAAUGCGAAGGCAAAGUCAUAGAGAUGAUGACCAACACCAGAGAAUACGCUCAACUUCUCGAGGAAGCACAAGAGACGAUCCACACC